AAUGUUGGACAACGUCCCGGCAGUGUCCUCUGUGGACCGCCAGCAGGUCCUGGGAGCUCUGGAGCGUCUCCAGUCCAAACUGAUCCAGAGGGAGGAGUGGACCCACAGUGAGACUCUGGGGAACCUGAGAGAGACUCUCCAGAGUCCACUCUUCAGCCACAUCCUGACCUUGCAGCACUCAAUCAAGCAUCUCCGGAACCAGCUCGACUCCUCGCCGCCCGACUCCUGCAGAGACUUCAGCUUUUCCAAGCGAGGUCAGCUGAUCGUGAGCGCUGCCAAGCCUUCCGUCCCUUUGGCCCCGCCCACCUCUAUCCUGACCAAUGGUUCGUCUUCGCUCCUCCAUCAGGCUCCGCCCACAUCCGACCGCCUACAGAAGUGGAUCCUCGCUGCAGCUAAGGGCCGCCCCACGCAGCUGAUCAGCCUCGCUCGGCCCAGUUCUGGAGGUAUGGGCUUCAGCGUGGUGGGUCUGAGUCCAGCAGGAAGCAGCAGUCAGGGCGUGUUCGUCAAACACAUCCAGCCCAGAGGACUUGCUCACCGGGACGGGCGUCUGCAGGAGCGGGACCAGAUCCUGGUGAUAAACGGCAGUCCGUUAGAGCCCGGGCUCAGCCAGCAGCAGGCGCUUAGCCUCCUGCAGCAGCCCGGAGACAUCGUGGAGCUGGUGGUGGCCCGGGACCGCCCCUCUGACGCACCGCCGCCGCUCGCCACGCCCAUCAACACGGAUCAGUGGGGUCAUGUGGAGGAGAUCGAGCUGAUCAACGAUGGAUCUGGUCUAGGUUUUGGUAUUGUGGGCGGGAAGACGAGCGGCGUGGUGGUCAGGACUCUGAUCCCGGACAGCGUGGCUGACAGGGAUGGACGUCUCCGCACAGGUGACCACAUCCUGCGUAUUGGCUCCACCCCCACCAGUGGACUCACCAGUGAUCAGGUGGUCAAGGUGCUGCAGGGCUGCGGCAGUCACGUGACCAUGCUCAUCGCCCGAGACCUCCAAGGUCAAACGUCAGCGGCUCCGCCUGCUCCGCCUCCCCCAGACUCCGCCCCCAUCACCACUAUACCUGCUCUACCACCUGAAGUCCCUCUGCAGUGCCCGGUCAACAAGACGCCGAACCUGGAAGGAUACGAGAUCCACGAGGUUCCUCUCACCAAGAAGGACGGCCAGAGUCUCGGCAUCUCCAUCAUCGGCUUCAACUCUCUGACCAGCCAAGAUGCCGUUGGUGUGUUCGUGAAGCACGUGGUUCCUGGCAGCGCAGCGGAUCAGAACGGGAACGUCCGGGUCCAGGACCGACUCCUCGCUCUGGACGGUGUCAGUGUCCAGGGGAUGACCAACCAGGAGGUUCUGGAGGUGAUGAAGCAGACGGGUCAGACCGUGGUUCUGACUCUGGUCAGGAAGAAACCCAGAGCUUUGGAGAGAUCGUUGGAUAAAGUGGACAGGGAGUCAUCUCGGGUGUCUCUCAGGAGGACUUUAGAGGUCAAUGCUCGCUCUUCAUCAUCUGCCGCCAUGAAGACGAAGCAGGAACCAUCUUACCCAAACACAACGUGGCUGAACACAGAGGCAGAACUUCGGGCGAAGUGGGAACAGGCUCUGGGACCUCAGUAUCAAGUCCUGGUUCUGCAGCUGGAUCCAGUCAUCGAGGAUGAUGAGGAACUGCAGAAGUCUUCCAAGCUGCUGCCGAUCCACAUCCUGCGUCUCGGGGUGGAGUUGGACUCCUUUGAUGGACACCACUACGUCUCCUCAGUGGCCCCCGGGGGCCCCGUGGACAAACAUGGAGUUCUGAGGCCCGAAGACGAGCUGCUGGAGGUGAAUGGGGUCCAGCUCUACGGGAAGACCCGGCGUGAAGCCGUCUCGUUUCUCAAAGAGGUUCCUCCGCCGUUCACUCUGGUCUGCUGCCGACUGCUGACCUCUGAGUUGGAACCAGAACCAGGACCAGGACUAGGACCGCCCCAAAGCAGUAUAGACGAGAUGGAACUGAAGCUGUCCUCGGUUCUCCUGAGAGACGACAGCAGACGGGAGGAGGAAAAGUCUAUGAAGGAGGAGGUUCUAGACAAAGAGGAGGUUCUGAAGGAGGAGUACGAGGAGUCGGUCUACAGCCAGGAGGAAGAGGAGGAAGAGGGGGAGGAUGAAGGGGAGCUGGCUCUGUGGUCUCCUGAUGUUCAGGUGGUGCAGCUGCAGAAGGAGAGAGACAAAGGCCUCGGGUUCAGCAUCCUGGACUACCAGGACCCGUUAGAUCCUGGUCGCUGUGUGAUGGUGAUCCGUUCUCUGGUUCCUGGUGGUUCUGCGAAGCGUCAUGGAGGUUUACUUCCUGGAGAUCAGCUCGUGUCGGUCAACAGUACGCAGUUGGACCUGCUCACCCUGGCCGAGGCCGUGGACGUCCUGAAGUCCGCCCCACCUGGAGCCGUCCAUCUGGGCAUCAGGAAACCUCUGGUGGUUGAAGCUCCAGAGACGAACAAUCAGGAGUCUGUCAGCAACAAAUCUGCUCCAAAGGGCUUCAGUGACGAUUCCAACCUUCAUCAGGAGGAAGAAGAUGAGCCAGAGCUGAUCCUGGAUGCAGGUCUGCCUCGUUACUCCUCUGCUCUGUCCUUUGAUCAUCUGCCUGUAGAGGAGGGCACGGAGAUGGCUGUGGAUGAAGAGGAGGAGGUGAUGAAGAUGGAAUCUCCAGCUAGGAAAGCUCCUCCAUCAUGGGAGGAGUGGAAGCUAUCCUCCUCCAUCAGGACUGGAGCUUCAGAGGAGCAGAAGAUGUGGAGACGAGGUUCUCAGGAGGAAAAGGAGCAGUCCAGUUCGGACCAUGAAAGCAUCUCGUCUGUCGGAAAACUGAUUCUGGCUCUGCCAGACUCCAGAGACACGGAGGCCGACUCAGAACUCACUCUGACUGACACCGACACCGAGUCCGUCAGGAUGAUUGACACGGCCAGGAGGAAGAGGCGGAGCCAGGGAGGGGCCUCUCUGCCAUUGAGAGGAGGCCACAGUGACCUGCCAGAGAGGGAGGAGGGGGAGGGGGAGGAGACCCCUGCCUUCAGCCACUGGGGACCCCCCCGCAGGGUGGAGGUGUGGCCUGAGGAGGGACAGUCUCUGGGUCUGAGCAUCGUUGGAGGUCGGAACAUCAUCAAGCGUCUGAAGAAUGGAGAGGAACUAAAGGGGAUCUUCAUCAAACAGGUUCUGCCAAACAGCCCCGCUGCCAAAACCAGGUGCCUGAAGACCGGUGACAAGAUCCUGGAGGUGUCAGGUGUCGACCUGCAAGCUGCCAAUCACGAGGAGGCGGUCAGUGCCAUCAAGUCUGCUCCGAGUCCGGUGGUCUUCGUGGUUCAAAGUCUGUCAGCAACGCCGCGGCCGUUUUCUCUAACAGCUUCCAGCUACAGCAGACAGAAAGCCAAGAGGACAGAGGCUGCGAACUCAGAAGAUGCCCUGCCCCCCCUCAGACAGCCUCCCCCCUACAGGCCUCCCAGCCAAUCGGAGCCAGAGCUGACUGCAGACCUGCAGCGCGUCAAAGAGCGUUGGUGUGAACGUUUUGGAGACCUGCAGGGGGAGCUGCUGUGCGUGGAGUUGGAGAAGGAGCGACGGGGUUUGGGUCUCAGCCUAGCAGGAAACAGGGAUCGGUCCCGCCUCAGCAUCUUUGUUGUGGGUCUCCAUCCUGGGGGGGCAGCCGCUCGCGAUGGACGCAUCCGUGUAGGAGACGAGCUGCUGGAGAUCAACAACCAGAUCCUUUAUGGGCGGAGUCACCAGAACGCUUCAGCCAUCAUCAAAAGCUCCGCCUCCAAGGUCAAACUCAUCCUUCUCAGAAAUGAAGAUGCUAUAAACCAGAUGGCUGUCCCCCCACUAACAAGUCCCCCUCCUCCACCCCCCACCCUGAGCCCCGUCAGCCCUGAGUGUGUCUCUCCAGCUCUGUUUGGAGGCUCCGCCCCACCAGACAGGCUCCACCCCCCAGACAGUCUAAGGCUCCACCCCACAUCAGACACUCCAGACGAGGCGACGAGCGACGAAGGUGAACAAACUGACGGGAACCGGAGCAGCGACGGCGCCGCCCAGAGCAGCGACGGCGCCGCCCAGAGCAGCGACGGCACCGCCCGGAGUCUGACGGAGGCCACCACGUUCAGACAGACGCUGACAGCUGCAGAGUCUUCAGAAAAUGAGCCGCAGGCUCCAAGGGCACCGCUGGAGCUCCAGUUGGUGGGUCUUGGCGGCGACUCCGUUGGCCUGAAUCAUGGCGAUGAAGAUGGGGAUGUCGCCCAAAGGGCUGCCCUUCCCCCCCGCUAUACUCACCCCGAGGGAGUCGCUGACACCCUGAGAGGGGGAGGGGGCAAAAAUCCAAGAAGCAGCUUUGAGUCGGCCGAGCUCCAGCAGGACUGGACCGCGAGCACACUGCGGGACGGACAGAAACCCAGACCCGUCAGACAAACAGGUUGGACGGACCGGUCCAUCAGGUCUGAUCCGAUGGGACUCACCUUCAGGAUGGCGGCCACGGCUUCCUGGGAGGCGUGUUUCGCGUCUUCUCCAUUCACCGACAGGAUCUGGUCUCCCUGCAUCAGCCGACCGUCCAGCUCAGCGGCGCCCCCUCUGACCACCUCAGAGAUGAACACGCCGCUGCCGGUCCUGCCCCACAGGAGAAGAACCUUAGAACCAGCCAACGUUACGUUCAUGGGUCUCUGCUGGGCCUCUGAAGGCGGACCUCUUCCCUACGAUGCUGAAGCCCAGCCCCCUGCCGCUCUUCUUCUGCAGGUCCACCUUAAACACGUCCAGGUUCUCCUCAUCUCUGUACUGGGCCUCGUCCCUCAGCACAGUCAGACAGACCUUCGCCGGCGUCUGACGCAGCGCAGCAAUCGCCUCCUCGUGGGACGCGCCGCGGAGGUCCACGCUGUUCACCUGGAGACACAAACAGGAAGUCCAGUUGGACCAGUAGUCUGUUCUGGAACAGAUGUUGACCUGUCUGGAGAUCAGACCGUACCUCUGUUAGCCGUGUGGACGUCAGGACUGAUCAGAGGAGACGCUGCCACGGGCUUGGUGAAGUUGGACCUGCAGGACUGGACACAGAACCAGAACCAGCUCAGAUCAAAUGUACAAGUUGUGGCCGACACCAACAUCAGCGCCGUGGCCUCUCAGGUGGAGAGUCUGACCAGUGGCUCUGGACUGUCCAGCACCGACACACACACGGCUGCUGAGCCAGAGGGUCCGCAGCCUCACAGCAUCACUCUGGAGAAGGGAUCAGAGGGCCUCGGCUUCAGUGUUGUCGGAGGAUAUGGCAGUCCACAUGGAGACCUGCCCAUCUACGUCAAGACCGUCUUCAGUAAGGGUGCGGCGGCAGUGGAUGGGCGUCUGAAACGAGGCGAUCAGAUCCUGGCGGUGAACGGCGAGAGCCUGCAGGAGGCGACGCACGAACAGGCCGUCACCAUCCUGAAGAAACAGAGAGGAAGUGUGACGCUGGACAUCCUGUCCUAACAGGAACACGUCUGCACGCACACGCAUGUGAACACGUGAACACAUGAACCCUGCUGGGUCACACGCUUUCGCUCCAGGAUUCAGGUCAACCAGGAUCGUCACCUCAGAGCUUCCCAACAUGCAAAAAAAAUCAAAGACACUCAUGCAGACUGGUCUUUUUGUCCUAUCAGGUGACACCUGAGGUUAGCCCCGCCCCCUGCCGUCCUCACCUGGUGUCUCCAGCUCGUCUUCCUGACGUCUGACUUUACUUUAACCCAGUUUCUUUUUGGUUCCUCCAUGUUUCAGUUCCACCUUCACUGCCUCGCGUGUCAGUGAAAACAAAUGUGUCCCAGGUUCUACUGUUCCU